UUCACCGAGUUGUCGUUCUCUCUUUUGAUCUAUUUUUCCUUGUAUAUUUUUAUCGACUUCUUUCGUUGCCUUUCCCCUCCUCUGCCCCGUCCUCUUCUCACUCUCUUUCCUCUCCAAUCCUUCGACAGUUUUUUUAUCAUCCUCGUACUCACUUGUUUUAUUUUCCAUCUCUUUUCCCUCACGACUUCAGUUACCCCUCCUCUUCCUCUUCGUUCUCACUUGUUUUAUUUUCCAUCUCUUUUCCCUCACGACUUCAGUUACCCCUCCUCUUCCUCUUCGUUCUCUCUCUCCUCCUCUAAAGCCUUUCAGCCUACGAGCCCUUCAGAUCACCCCAGUCCCGCUAACCUAUUUUUUACCGACGCAGUGGACACGAACUCAUGGAUCCAACUAACUCCUCGACGCAGGCACUACUUCGGCCACCACCAGAAGGCCUCGUCCGUCACCGCCCCGCCGGCUGGAGGUGCUUCGGCUUCACAGGCGACGUGGGUGCGGAGGCCCUUCGAAGAUGACGACGACCUGCAGCCUCCCGAGGGCAAGAUAUACCUGUCGGACUUCCAGGUUGAGAAAUUCACGUAUUACUUCACAUACGUCUUCGACCAUAACAAGGACCGAGUCAUCACCAUCGAGGAUAUUCACGCCCUUAACGAGAGGAUGAGGCACUACGCGGGCUGGUCGGAGGAUAACGAGUACUACCUAACCAUGAAGGAGAUCCACGCAGACUUCUUCGAGUGUCUUCUGGAACACGUCGGGAAAAUUGAACCUGAGUAUGGCUUCGAAUUCGACGUGGACCGCAUCCCAGACCGAGUCCAGAUGUACCAGUGGCUAAACAUGUGGGGCAACCUGGUCCACGGCGCCCGGGCCAUGAUGGACUUCCCUAUCUGGCUGCAAAUCCUGCCCAAAAUACUCUUCAAGGUCAUCAACAGGAGAGAUGACGGCAUUGUGUCCUACGACGAACUGAGGAGCUUCUACGCGCUCUUUAUCAAGCUUCCCGAGGACCAGGUGGAAAACAUCACGGAGGAGGCGUAUCGGGCUCUCACCUCGAGCGGAGACUUUCCCCUGACGGAGCGCGUGUACCUCAUGGCCUUCGCUAACUUCCUGCUGGGCAAGACUCCGCACGGCCCCGGCAAGUAUAUCUUCGGCGGCUUCAAGGACAGCGAGGUCGGGCUCUUCCAGGUCGACUACUCAUGUCUUUUGGAGCCGAAGGAAGACUAGGAACACACACUCUGCUCACAACGUCCUUCAGUUUGUAGUUCGAGUUCCCUUUAGCUCUUCGUGUUAACCAAAGAGUGACUACAAGAGUUCUUCCUCCAGGAGCUCAGAGGAAACCCAAAGAAAACACCUUCAUCUCAUUUGUCCCUCACUAUCUCUGACUACGAGACUUAGUGUUUUUUCAAGAUCAGUGAUGUCUGUAUUCUAGGGACAUGGAAAGACAGGAGAAAGUGGCAUUCAUUCACCCAUAAACUGCUAUAAACUGCCAUCGCUUAUGUAUCAACCCCCUCCCCUCCGCUAAACUUCCCUUACCCACCCCGACUUGCCUUCUCUGCAUCGUGACUGGGGAAGGCGAGUGUGCUGCCACGGAACAAGGGAAGGAAGGCAUAAUGGGGAGACAGUGUACAGAGUGGGAGUUCGGUGUUCCUUCUGCCGUGUUUUCUUGUGAAGACUUGAGGACUUCUUCCAUACUCCAUGUCUGCUGCCGCUGCUGAAGUGCAUCUGAGUCACACACACCCGAGCGUCGUGACAAAUUGUGUUAGUGUUGUUUUCCUUAAACGGAGAAGCAGACCACAUUGUUGCUCUGGAAACUUCAUGUCAGUGUUGAGAGGAGAACACAACUUUAAGGAGUAGUUAUACAUUUUCUUCCCUUCUGUGCAUCCAGCUGUUAUUUGCCGGUUCUGUAUUUUGUUUUGACUCGUGUGUUAGUUUCGUCAACGCAGCGAGCUUAUGUGGCUUCUCUAUACACGAUGCAAAUGAUGUCCAGUGAAGCGCCGUGUAAGAUUUUGGUUGUUAAGCUAUAGGCUGAACGAGGGGCCAGAAAACACACACACACACACACACACACACACACGAUACAAUACAAUAACUUUAGAUGAGCUUUUGUGCAGAGUGAGCGACGCGUCAAGCCAUCGUAGCGGUUCCUUUCGCUUCCCGUAAACCUGCGUCGCCACACCUUCGUCUCAUCUCAUCAACUUGCCGUGUCUCGGGAGGUCGCGCCGAGGCCUCCCGCUGAAGACCCUCAAGUGCUGUUAUUUUCCUUCCCUUCGCUUACUGACAAAGGAUACAGUGGAAAAAGAGGAGUGAAAGAGUAAUUUGAAAACGGAAAGAACAAUGAAGUAUGCGGAUAACUAUAAGAGGAAGGAAAUACCGAAUUAAAAACGUUAAAAGAAAAAGGAUGUGAAAAAUGAAUGAUAUGCCUGGAAAAUAUUACUGACAGACGGUAAAGUGAAAAGAAAGUUGAAAAAGUAAAUAACAUGAAAACGAAGGUAACUGCGAAUAACUAUAACAGAAAAGAACUUCAACAUCAAUUAUUAUAGAGAAGAAAAUAUUGUGAAAAGGGAAUUAUACAGGCGGAAAACAUCAGUACUAAAAAAGAGAAAGAAAUUAGAACAUAAGCAUAUCAAUUUCAGAAACAAAGUGUCAAUUAUAAAGGUUACGACAUUUUCUUCACAAAGCAACAAAGUAAUAUAUCCAUUUAUGUGCCACGCGUCUCAACUAGCAUUUUAUUUCAUCCGGUCGCUAUUAAAGAGAGGAUGCAGUGCUUGAGGGGUCGGGUAGAGGCAGAGGCGGCGCAGAGUGAGUGAUUGAAUGCAUUGGUUUUGGUCCCUUUCCUGCCCUCCCCAGGACUGUAAAGAAAACGGGAGGAAGGAAGGAUGAAUGGGAAACUGAAGAGAAAUUACGAUUAAAGUUUAUAUAUAUAAUUGGAUUGUGAUAAACGAUAGAUAGAUAGAGAGAUAAUGUAAGGAUGAAUGUUCUCUCUGUCUUUCUUUCUCUCUUUCUUUCAUUUCGUUGCCUUGUAUUUCUUCGGUUUAUCAUACUUUAAACACACACACACACACACACACACACACACACACACACACACACACACACACACACACACACACACACACA